AAAAUCAGCUGCAGUUUUCCCCCACAUGCCCGUGCUGUGUUAUUUAAGAGCGGCAGAUAAUCACAUCCACAGCUGUCCGCUUCGGUGUCUGGUGCCGACUGAACAGCAAAACAGGAGAGAUGCUGCAGAGAGUGUGCAAUCCGAUCGGGCGCCGCUUAGUGAACCGGCUAGGCAUCGUGCGGCAAUGUUGUUACUCGACCGUUCCCUCACAACAACAUUCCCGGCAGCAGCAGCAGCAGACCGCGGCGGCAACGGACUCGGUCCCUGACGAUGUGACCGUCUUGUCGAAGCCGAUCCACCAGCGCAGCGCCCAGCGGAAACCGUUUGUGAAGUCACUGUUUCUCGGUGUGGUCGACCAGGAGCUGCUUACGUUUCCUGAAUCGUUGGAUCGGGAAGAGCAGGCCCGAGUAGAGAAAGACCGAACCACGAUCAGCGAGAUGCUCGCCACAAAUGAAACGAAACCAGGCGCCAGUUCCAUCGGUUUGUUCGGUCUGCAGGGACCGUUGGCACAUGGUGGCCGGCAGUUCACAGAAACCGAGUACGCCUACGUGAGCGAGCUAUUGGCGGACGAUCACGGCAAGGCACUGUUGGCCCUGGAACACAAUGCGAUUGUGCAGCUGAUUACACGCCACGGCAACGACACGGUUAAAGACACGUUGCUGCGGCGGCUGUGCAGUGGAGAGCUGAUUGGUGCCGCCGCACUAUUCGAGACAGCCUGCUCUCGUGACACCAUGUUUAGCACGGUAGCCGAGCGGGAUUUUGCCAGUCGAAAAUGGUUGCUCAACGGUUCGAAGGUGCUGCUCCGCCACGGCACCACGCCACACCUGCUGGCGGUGGUUGCAUCGACCAAGACCGUUGAGAAGAUGAAUGCUGCGGACAACGCGAUGGCUACCUUUUUGGUCGACGCACGUGCACCGGGCGUUGAGAUCUCCGACGUACAGAUCGGGCUGCAGGGCAUCGAGCUCGUGACCGUGCAUUUCAGGCAGGUGGAGGUACCGGAAGACAGUGUCAUCGGCUCGGAGAGCGGAGGCACUCAAGUGUUGACACAAUUCCUCUCCUCCGUCCGUGUCCAGUCCAGUGUGGUGCAGGUGACGCUGCUGAAGCGGAUCUUGAACGCGCUAACCAGCUUCUGCAUUAACACGCAAACAACGAGCGGUGACAUAAAAGAUAUUGAGGUGGUUCGUGAGCAGUUGGCGCGAAUGGCUUGCACGAUCUAUGCUGCAGAGAGCCUCAUCUACAUGACAACUAGCCUAAUGGAUGAUUUCGAGAACCAGGACGUGGACGUAGAGGCGGCAAUCACGAAGAUCUUCUCGGCGGAACAAUUGGUGCAGUUUGCCACACUACCACUGAAGCUGCUCGGCCCACAUGCCAUGGCCUCGGACAGUUCGUUCGACGCGUUGCUCAGCGAAGCGCUGAAGCUGUACGUUGGCAUCGAGUCGCUGGACUCGGUUAAAUUCUUUAUCGCACUCGCCGGGCUUCAGUAUGCGGGGAUGCAAACGUACGAGGUGAUCAAGAAGGACCGCAACCCAGCCAUGAACCCGUCCCAUGUGCUAUCAAAGCUGUUUGAGAAAACUUCGAUUGCCAACCCGAAGAAGUUCGCCGACCUACAGCAAUUCUUUCACCCAUCGCUCGAUCCUGCGGCACACUGGAUCGAGUACUCGAUCGUGCGGCUGAAGCUCGCGACCGAGUGCGUACUGUCGCGGCACGGCGCUGAGGUCAUCGACCGGCACGUCGAGUUGGCCCGGUUGGCCAACAUCGCUACCAUGAUCUAUGCGAUGAUCGCUAGCGCUUCGAGGGCCUCUCGCUCCUACUGUAUCGGGCUACGGCAUGCCGAUCAAGAGAUCCACCUGGCGAACAUGUUCGGCAUGGAGAUGAGCGAGAAGGUGCGCCUGCUGGCGUUGGACCUGGAGAAGGGUCCCUUCAUCACCAACGACGACAACUACAAUAUCGUAGCACGGAACCUGUUCCGUGAGAAGGCCUACUUCUACCAGCAUCCGAUCACAAGGAACUUCUAGCUCUUUGAGGCAGCUGUUUCAGCUGUUGCUGGUUCGUUCCUUUCCGCAGUACCUUUUGUUAGUUUUGUUGGUUUUCCCGAACAGCACAAAACCCUGUACGACUGAAAUCCAAUAAAGCAAAAUAAAAAAUAUUA